AUGAAGGUGUUUACAGUUGGGCUGGAUCAAAAGCCCGUUGAAGAAAAUAAGGAGAAAACUGACUCCCCUCCACCCGGCUAUUCAACAACUGAAACUCGCAUUCCUCUUCCAAUGGGGCCCGAACUUCCACGUCCAUCGCUUCCAAUACCGCCUCCACAGCCUAUUAUUGUGCGCAAAUCUCGUGGUUAUAAAGGAAUUCUGCUUGUUAUGCUUUCCGUCUUCGUUAUGGCUAUUUUUGCUCUUGUCCUUUCUGAGAUGGCAUAUAGUCGCCAACGAGAUGAAAAUUAUUUCAAACUUCGUUGGGCUGAAUUAAAACAACGUUUUGGUUAUGAAAAUGAUGGAAACAUUGAUUACUAUACACAGGCAGCUAAUGCUAUUAGUGACAAAUUGCUUAGUUUGACUAAGAGCAAUGAAAUUCAACUUCCACGUGUUCCUCAGUCAGCGUCUCUCGAAGAGGAGACAACCAGCAGCUCAACAACUCAGGACACCCCUGUAGUAGCUAUUGAUACUUUCCCAAUGGCUCCAUCAAAAAUUGGUAAUUCUGCCGAUUCUUCAAUUUCUCGUUCUUCACAAACAUCAGACGAAGUAGAACCUCCACAUCCUUUCUUCGGUUCUGGCAAUUUUAAUGGAGCUUUUAGUCAAAUACGCGAUGCACGUCUUAAAUUUCUUCGAAAUAUUUUACAGAAAAUUAAGCAGCAUGCUGAGGAUAUUGUCGAAGUCGAGCCCCAAAAUAGUGACAGUAGCUCUACAUCAAAUGAAGAUAAUAACAACAACAAUAAUUUAUUAUCUAACGGAAAUUGGCCAUCAAGUAUUUUCCAACGUCCCCAACAACAACAAGUUCUUCAAUUCCCUCAAUCUUCUUCUGCUCAUUUCUUUCCUCACCCCCGCCCACUAGUUGAAGAUUUUAAGCAUUCUCGCUCUUUCCUUGAUGGAUUUGGUGAAAUGCACCAACCAUCUUUGUUUAUGCAAAAUAAUCAAGUUGGGGAACAAGAAGAGCAACAACGCCCUCGUUUUUUCUCUCCAUGGGCACUUCAGCAGAAUGAAUUACCAUCAUCACAUCCAAUAAUGCCAUCUGGGGAUAUGCAACAACAACAGCAAAUACCUUCCUUUAUUGACAAGUUUCUUCGCUGGCCAAGAAUUAAUGGAUUCCGUCAAUCUGCCCCAGAAAUGCUUUUCUUCCAUCCUUUCUUCCAACCACAACAACAACAGCAACAACAAAUGAAUAUGCGUUUCCCUCCUCCACCUCCUCCCUCUUCAGAUUGGGCUCAUCCCCAACAAAAUAGCUUUGGAUUUGGUGGAAAUUCUGGAGCUUUGCCUCGUCCCUCAUCUUUUGAGCAUUGGAAUAAUGGAGUAUUCCAACCACAACAAAAUUCAAUGCCCCAACAACAACAACAAAUUCCUCCAAGUAUGGGAAUGAUGGGUGGACGUCAGAUUGAACAACAACAAGUGCAACAGCAACCUCCGCAGCCUCAACAACCACAGGCAAUAUAUUUUUUUUCUGAGGCCAAGCUCUCUGCCCCAUCUGUCGUUAUUGGCGAUAGUGGAGAAGAGAAAUCUCAAGUUGUUCAACAACCAGGACAACAACCACAACAGCCAAAACAGCCAGAACAAAAAGAAUCUUCCUGGAUGACUCCAGACUUAUUGCCAGCCUGGUUAUUCGAUAAUCUCUCCUCUCGUAAAUCAAACGCUGCUGGAGGCCCUCCAUCGCCUCAACAACCCGCAGAAAUGGCUCCUCCAAAAUUCCCUUCUGUUUCAGUUAUUGAGAAUAACCCUUCUGGAAGUAAAAGUGAAAGUGACUCAAAAUCCUCCAUUGAUGAGGGAAAUAGCCGAAGCGACGAAACUGAGAAUACUCCAAGUAGACUCUCAGCUGAUGCAUUGCCCGUUGAAACACCUAAAGUUAUUGACAUUGCACAUGGAGAAAUUGGAAAGAUCAACAACAACAAGGAUGAUAAAGAUGAUGAUAAGGACGACACUAUUGGAAACUCUCAUCAACCAGAAGAAGUUAUUGAGGUUGAUGCUGCUCCUCAAUUAAAUGAACAACAAACUGAACAAAAAAAUGAUGAACAGAAAAAUGAACAAAAUGAAUCUAAAGAUCAGAAAGAAGAUCAACCAAAAGAACAGAAAGAAGAUGAAAAGACUGAGGCAAAGCCAGUAAAUGUUCCAUUGCAACAACAGAAACUCUUCCCGGAAAUGCCUUCUGUUUUCUUCCAGGUAUUUUAA